UAUGGCUGCCUUGAUAGUACUCGUGAUUUUCAUUGUGCAAGCAAUUGCAGAGAAACGGAUUUUACUGAAUGAUCCAGAUUUACUCCAGUCUCAGAUUCAUGCGCUUGAGAGAAAAGUGGAGGAUGUAGUUGGUAAAUACACCGACAUGUCCGUUAAAUACGCUGAUCUAUCAACCAAAUACAACGACAUAUCCACCAAAAACAACGACUUGUCUACCAAAUACACUGACUUAACUACCAAAUACAACGACCAGUCAAUCAAGUACUUCGACCUGUCGGCCAAAUACAACACUUUGCUGACCAAAUCUAAUGUUGGUGGACUAUUCAUACGAUGGGGACGAAAGGAUUGUCCUGGAAACAACACAGAACUAGUUUACUCUGGGUUUGCUGGAGGUUCUUGGUACGACCACACCGGAGCCGCAGCAGAAUUCGUAUGUCUACCACGAGACCCAGACCUAACUACAAAGUUUUCUUCUGCUUAUGCUUAUAUUUAUGGAUCAGAAUACGACACUGCUGAGUUUGGCCAUGCCGACGGUGACGACCUUCCCUGUAGUGUCUGUCGUAGCACGGUUCAGUCAAGCGUUCUGAUGAUUCCUGGUAAAUCAUCUUGUUACGAUGGCUGGACUAUGCAGUAUCAUGGGGAUCUUGUAGCGGGUGCUUACUCACAAAAGGCUGCUACCCAGUAUAUUUGUUUGGAUGAGCAUCCUGAAGACUUGACUGCAGGACAAGAUAACCACAACGGAAAACUGUUUUACCCUGUACUGGCAUCGUGUGGAUCCUUAGCCUGUCCACCUUAUCGCAACGGCAAAUACUUAACGUGUGUUGUCUGUACCAAAUAAAACAAGUAAAUGUAAAUUUAAAAAAGU